CGUGCCGCAGAGCACACUGGGUAACGGGAACCAUGGCCGCUGCCAGUCACAAGCUGGUGUCCUUCAUAAACAUAAAAAAUGUUAAGCUGUUUCUGAGACCUCUUCGGAUUUCGUCAGUUUCUUUUAAUCAGUAUGGGACUCAGGUUUCUAAUACGGAAGAAAAAAUUACACACACUGGACAGGCUUUUGAUGGGAACGAUUACAGAAGAGCUAGAUUUAUUGGCAAACAAAAGGAAGUAAAUGAAAAUUUUGCCAUAGAUUUAGUGGCAGAAGAGCCAGUGAAAGAAGUGGAUAGCAGAGUGAUCUCUUGUGAUGGUGGUGGGGGAGCGCUUGGUCACCCCAGAGUCUACAUUAAUUUGGAUAAAGAGACUAAAAUUGGAACAUGUGGCUAUUGCGGACUUCGAUUCAAACAGAAACAUCACCAUUAAACUAAAAGUAUUUCUUGAUAUCUCCUGAUACCUAAGCUAAAAUAAAUUAUCUUCUUUAAAA